AUGGCUGCCAAUAAUGACGUGGACGAGUUGUUUGAUAUUCGAAAUUCUUUCUAUUUGGGCAACUAUCAACGCUGUAUAAACGAAGUACAGAAAACACAGGUAUAUAAAGUUUUGAAAUUUGGUGUUUUUUGUGUGUACAGGAGGAGAACUAGUGGUUUUUCUGUGUCUAAAUAUCAAGUUUGUUUUACAUAAAAAUAUAUGCAAAUUGUAACUUUUAACCUAAUUUUCCUGACAGCCUUCCUCUCAAGACUUAAAAAUUGAAAGAGAUGCCUUCAUGUUCCGCGCAUAUUGUGCACAGGUAUGAUUAAAGCAUGGACCAAACAAGCAUGACUCUGCAUAAGAGUUGAUGAUGGCAGCCGUUUUGGAGUUAAGAGUUUCAUCAACUCUCAUGCUGCAGUCAAACGAGAACAAGAGUUGUAUGAUAGUUAACUGGGGCCGGUUGUAUAAAAAAGUGAUUAAAGUUAACUAUAGUGGAAACGUCAUCCAAUAAGAAGUGCAUAUUGGAGAGUUAAUCACUAUUUAACUACAAAAUAGUGAUUAAGAAAGCGAUUAAGAGUUUUAUACAACCUGGCCCCAGGAUAUUACUGCAAGUAAUCAAAUGAGCAGAAACUUAACUCUCAUCAAAAUUUUGAACCUCGAAAUUGAUGAGAAUUUGCAGUCAAGCACAAGCCAGACUGGAAAGUUUGGAAAUUGCGCGCCGGAGAUUUCGAAAAUUUAAUAGUAAAUAUAUAGAAAGCAUCAAAAUUGCACGCCGGAGAUAUCCACGGCGCAAAACAAACUUUCCAUACUGGAGCACAAGUGAGAGUUGCAACUCUUACAGACUCCCAUCUUCAUUGGACCAGCCCAGUCAUUGUUAUAUAAACCCAAAUGUACAACUUGUAUUUGGGUGCUAGAGAACACAUUACAUUUCAACUUGCAGGGAAAAUAUGGAGUUGUCUUAGAUGAAAUAAACAAAUCAUCUCCGAAAGAAUUGCAACCAAUCCGUACCUUGGCAGAAUAUUUACAAAACCCAGCCAGAAGGUAAAAUUAAUAGUAAUGCCUGAUAUAGCAUCACAGAGAUUAGGGUAGGAUAACAGCAUCCAUAAAUUCAUCCUAGAAAUUGCCUAGGCAUAUUGAGAAUGUUCUGAUCAUAAACAGAGAAUCCUGAAUUUUGCCAAAACAAAAAUAUACCAAUUAUGAGGGCUGUGUACAGAUUAAGAUGAAGGAUUAGGUUUAGACCUACAGGUAGUUUAGGGUUAGGGAAGAUUAGGUUAGGAUUAGGAAGAUUAGAUUAGGUUUAGGAUCACUUUCAUAAUGAUUUUUUAUUGUAAAUUUUAAAGUCCUAUAAACCACCUCAGAUUAUGUGAUCUGUAGGUAAUACAUUGAUCAGGCGGCAGUCUAAGAGAACCCCUCCCUCGUGCCACAUACUAACACACACACAGCCCUAUAGAUUAGCUGGCAACUGAGAAUAAAAAUAUUUUAAUUUCCAGGGAAACAAUAAUAAACACAGUUGACCAGAAGCUAAAAUCUGGUGAUGUUGAUGAUUAUUAUCUGUUGAUAGCUGCUAUUAUCUACUCACAUGAACAGGUUUGUGUUGAGGAUUUGUUGUUUCUUAAUGCAUUUCAACAAACCAGAGAUUAAUCUUUCAAUAUUUUUAUUUAGAACUAUGAGUCGGCACUGAGAUGUCUCCAUGCUUCUGAGGCACUUGAGAGGUAAGUUGCAAAUGUCAGGAUUUUGAUUAAAAAAUAUUUAAAAUUUAAAAUUGACUUUUCUAUCUUAGUGCUGCUUUGACCAUUCAAAUUAAUCUCAGCAUGGACAGAGUUGAUUUAGCCAAGUAAGUAGGUUUUCUUUGUUGUUUAACACUCAGCUCCCUGUUGUACAAGCUACCUUAACUGUUAUCCUAAACACAAUUUCUACACACUCCCAGAAAAUAUAAGUUUCCAACCCUGUUCAGAACAUGCAGUUUUCUUGUUUGAUAUGAAAGUUUGUUAAAAGUAGUAGCUUUUAAAAGUGUGUCUUUAUAUUUUUGUUUUAUAGAAAAGAACUAAAGAGAAUGCAAGUAAGUUAGUCUAAUAUUGAAGCCACUGAAGUUCCUGAAGACUCAUGUCAUGAAUAAUGGUUGUCAACAGUAGCGUAGCCAGCCCGAUGAUCUAGUCCCGCUGUGCAAAUAUUUUCGUGUUCAUUGACUGUGAAAACAAACAAUUUCUAAAGAAAUGAAUUAUAGUAAUUUUAAAUUUGCAUAGCGGGACUAAAUUGUCUGGCUGGCUACGCCACUGGUUGUGAAAUGAUUAACCACUGUAGAUUUAUACAAAAUAAUAUAUUUAUUUUCUAAGGAAAUUGAUGAAGAUGCAUCUUUAACACAACUUACUCAAGCCUGGUUUAAUAUUACUGUGGUAAGAUGUAAAAGAUAUUUAUCAAAAAUUAAUAUCAUAUUAUUAUUGUACUUGCCCAUACAGCUCACUAGUGUUUAUAACUGUUUUCUCAAGGGAGGAGAUAAGAUUCAAGAUGCAUAUUACAUUUUCCAAGAAAUGGCUGACAAAUAUGGAAGUAGUGUACUACUCCUCAAUGGUCAAGCCGUGUGUUAUUUACAGAUGGCAAAAUAUGAAGAAGCAGAGAGUGUAUUACAAGAAGCUUUGGAUAAGGUACUGCAAUUUAUACAGACACAGUUUACCUCUAUAAAAAGUUGCAUGUACAGGUUUAUUGAUUGGGCAGGUUUAUUGACAGGUUUAUUGAUUAUUAACUUAAGUACCAUUGAUUUCAAACUAGUGACAUCUUAUUCUUUAGGACAACAGUAAUCCAGAAACACUUCUUAAUCUAGCAUUCUUGUCUCAACAUUUGGGAAAAUCACCAGAGGUCAGUUACAUGAAACUAAAUCCAUUUAUUAGACACAGAGAAAAUAAUAUCCUGUUUAUAUUUUCAGGUCAGCAAUCGUUAUAUUUCACAAUUAAAGAGUUCACAUCCAGAUCACGUAUUCACAAGACAAUAUAACAGCAAGGUAAGUAGUUAAAGGCACAGUUCAGCCUUUUGAAUGAUGGUUUUUAAGGCGCAUUUCAGCCCUUUUAAUUGAAAAAACUAACCAGGAAAAUCGAUUAUGUAUAAUUCAAGAUCACUAAACUCAAUGUUUUUAACAAUAAAAAUGUUUCAAAAUGUUAAAAACAUUAAGUUUGUUGACCUUGAAUUAUGCUUCAUUGAUUUUCCUAGUUAGUUAGUUUUUUUUUCAAUUAAAAGGGCUGAAAUGCGCCUAAAAACCAUUCAAAAAGCUGAACUGUGCCUUUAACUUGAAACUUAAAGAACCAUUAAUGGCAUUUGCAACUACCUCUCGCUAGGAAAUUAACACUUUCUCGUUGUUUCUUGUUGUUAUUUAAAAAAUACAACUGUUUUAUCGUCUACAGGAGAAAGAGUUUGACAGAUUGGCGGCGCAGUACGAGCCUGCGGUUCAAGCGUAA